AUGAGGGUCACAGAGGUGAUAAUAGACGGCUUUAAAUCAUAUGCGGUGAGGACGGUGAUCUCAGGAUGGGACGAGAGCUUCAACUCGAUCACGGGCCUGAACGGCAGUGGAAAGUCCAACAUCUUGGACGCCAUUUGCUUCGUUCUCGGUAUCACGAACAUGUCAACUGUUCGCGCGCAGAACCUACAGGACCUAAUCUACAAGCGCGGCCAAGCUGGUGUGACGAAAGCCAGCGUCACGAUCGUCUUCGAUAAUAGAGACAAGCAGAAAUCGCCCAUCGGGUUCGAAGAGUAUGCCACCAUCAGCGUUACCAGACAGAUCGUCCUCGGAGGAACCUCGAAAUACCUGAUUAAUGGUCACCGAGCGCAACAACAGACGGUCCAGAACCUGUUCCAGUCCGUCCAAUUAAACAUCAACAACCCCAAUUUCUUGAUCAUGCAAGGUCGCAUCACCAAGGUCCUGAACAUGAAGGCGGUCGAAAUGCUAGCAAUGAUCGAAGAAGCGGCCGGCACGCGAAUGUUCGAGGAUCGAAGGGACAAGGCUUUGAAGACCAUGGCAAAGAAGGAGAUGAAGCUGACAGAGAUUACCGAACUCCUACGCGACGAGAUUGAGCCCAAGCUUGAAAAGUUACGAACGGAGAAGCGGGCUUUCUUGGACUUCCAACAGACACAGAACGACCUCGAGCGGUUGACGAGAGUGGUCGUUGCGCACGACUACGUCAAAUACCAGGAGCGAUUGGCGCAGUCCGCAACAGACCUUGAGAACAAGAAACAGAGACAAAAGGACCUUGAACUUUCUGCGACCAGGCUUAAGAGUGAGAUAUCCCACUUGGAGGAAGACGUCAAGAGGGUAAGGGCAGAGCGAGACAAGGAACUCAAGAAAGGUGGGAAAGCCCAAGCGCUGGAGGACAGCGUCAAGAAGCAUUCCAACGAGCUGGUCCGCCUCGCUACGGUCAUGGACUUGAAGGAGUCGAGCAAGGCGGAAGAAGAAGAGCGCAAAGCAGCAGUCCAGAAGAACGUGGCUGAACUAGAAGCGACACUGAAGGAGAAGACGGAAGCAUACGAAAAGAUCAAGGCGAAGUACGACGCGGCCAAAGAGGAGAACGAGAAGCAGAACCAAGAGGCGGAGUCGAAAGAAGAGUUACUGCAGACACUACAGACCGGUGUUGCAUCCAAGGAAGGCCAAGAAAGCGGCUACCAAGGCCAGCUACAAGACGCGAGGAAUCGAGUAGCCGCUGCUGCGACUGAGCAGGAGCAAGCGAAGAUCAAGAUUGCUCAUCUUGAAAAGCGUAUCAAGGAGGAGGAGCCUCGAGCGAAGAAGGCAAAGGCACAGAAUUCGGACCUACUGCGGGACCUCGAGGGCUUAAGGGCGCAGUCUCAGAAACUGGAGGGUCAGCUGGGCAAGCUCGGCUUUGAACCGGGCCAAGAAGAAGAGAUGUACAAGCAGGAAUCAUCUUUACAGCAAUCCAUCCGAGGCUUGCGACAAGAAGCAGAUGCGCUCAAGCGCAGGGUUGCCAAUAUUGAUUUCAACUACGCUGACCCGACGCCCAACUUUGACCGUUCGAAGGUCAAGGGUCUGGUCGCUCAACUCUUUACACUCGACAAGGAACACACCAGAGCAGGCACAGCUUUGGAGAUUUGCGCCGGCGGUCGUCUCUACAACGUUGUCGUUGACAGCGAGGUCACCGGAACCCAACUUCUCCAAGGGGGCAAACUGCGAAAGAGAGUCACCAUCAUACCGUUGAACAAGAUUGCGGCUUUCAAGGCAUCUGCACAAACAAUAGCUACAGCACAGAAGAUCGCACCAGGAAAGGUCGACCUGGCAUUGUCUCUUGUUGGCUACGAUGAUGAGGUGUCUGCCGCAAUGGAGUACGUAUUCGGCAACAUUCUUGUUUGCCAGGAUGCGGAGACGGCAAAGAGGGUGACGUUCGAUCCCAACGUUCGGAUGAGAAGUAUUACGCUCGAAGGUGACGCAUAUGACCCUUCGGGUACGCUCUCUGGUGGCAGCUCGCCAAACUCGAGCGGCGUCCUCGUCACACUUCAGAAGCUGAACGACAUUAACCGCCAACUCAGGGAGGCUGAAGGUACUCUGCAUGACCUCCAAUCCAAGAUCUCUCGAGAGAAGUCGAAGCUGGACUCAGCUCGCAAGAUCAAGCAGGACCUCGAUCUCAAGACUCACGAGAUCAAGCUUGCUGAGGAGCAGAUUAGCGGCAACUCGUCGUCGUCGAUCAUCCAGGAGGUCGAGAAUAUGAAGGGGAACAUUACACAGCUCAAGACCAGUAGUGCUGAGGCCAAGAAACGACAAAGCGAAGCCAGUGCUGACGCCAAGAGGAUAGAGAAGGAUAUGGAUGACUUUGAGAACAACAAGGACUCAAAAUUGGUCGAGCUUCAGGCAUCUCUCGACAAGCUCCGCGCAACCUUGACCAAGAAUUCGACUGCUGUAAAAUCUAUCCAGAAGGAGCUCCAGGGUGCUCAACUAGACUCCGAACAGGUAUCCGGUGACCUUGCUGCUGCAAGAGAACAGCGCAUGGAAGUCGAACUAGCAAUCAAAUCACAACGGGAGGAGAUCGAGGAUCUCGUCAAGAAGCAGUCAGGUCUUCAAGACACGCAUGACGUUGCGCAAGCGGAACUCGAUGACGAGCGCGCCAAGCUGACCGGGUUUGAUGAUGAACUACGUGCUCUGGAGGAAACGACUCGGUCAAAGAACGCUCGUAUAACCGAGGAGAGCUUCGAGAUGCAAAAGCUCGGUCAUACAGUGGACAAAUUCCACAAGGAGCAACAGAACGCCGUGCAAACCGUCGCUCACAUGGAACAAGAGCACGAAUGGAUUGCCGACGAAAAGGACAACUUCGGCCGUACAGGCACGCCGUAUGACUUCAAGGGCCAGAACAUCGGCGAAUGCAAGGCCACGCUCAAGAAUCUCACCGAGCGCUUCCAGGGUAUGAAGAAGAAGAUCAACCCCAAGGUCAUGAACAUGAUCGACAGUGUCGAGAAGAAGGAAGUCGGACUGAAGCAGAUGAUGAAGACGGUCAUUCGCGACAAGCGCAAGAUCGAGGAAACCAUCGUCAGCCUCGACGAUUACAAGAAGAAGGCCCUCUUGCAGACAUGGAAGAAGGUCAAUGGCGACUUUGGCAACAUCUUCGCCGAGUUGCUACCCGGUGGCAGUUUCGCUAAGCUGGACCCGCCCGAGGGCAAGACCAUCAAUGAAGGUCUAGAAGUCAAGGUCUGCUUGGGUAAGGUGUGGAAGCAAAGUUUGACAGAGCUGAGUGGUGGUCAACGAUCACUUGUCGCCCUUUCACUCAUCAUGGCUCUCCUGCAAUUCAAGCCGGCGCCCAUGUACAUCCUGGACGAGGUCGACGCCGCGCUCGACCUGUCACACACGCAGAACAUCGGCCGUCUCAUCAAGACGCGCUUCAAGGGUUCCCAGUUCAUCGUCGUCUCCCUCAAGGACGGCAUGUUCCAGAAUGCGAACCGCAUUUUCCGUACUCGUUUCUCCGAAGGAACGAGUAUGGUCCAGGCGCUGACGGCUGCGGACUUCAAAUAG